AUGUUAAAACGUUGGAGUCUUUUGCGUUAUUUAUUUGCAUCUUUUGAACCGAAUGCAUCGUAUUUACGCUCUCAUACAAUAAAUAAGAAACAGUUAUGGACAAAGGCUAUUCAAUCAAAUUCAUUAAUUGCCAGAGUGCUAUGUAUGCAGCCAACUAAACAUUUUGCGGAUACAACUAAUCCAUUACCGCCAACUGUUGAUUCAACAACUGUGGUACGAAAACCGGUUCGAAGACGUAGACCUCUAACUUCAGUUUAUGAUUCGACGUAUCCAACAGGACCGGAAAUUAUUGGUGUAGCAAUGGCAGAAUCCUUCAGAUUGCUUGAUUUACUCGAUGAUGAUCAUUUGUUCAGCUUAUAUAAUUGUACGCAUAUCGAUGAAGAAAUUGAUGAUGGUUUACAUUUUGUGCCAAAACCACAAUAUAUUAUUGAUCAGAAUGCAAUUAAAGAAUUCUUUUUGUUUGCUGAUGGUGUUGUUGUCUUUUGGGGCAUUAAUCAAAUUGAGCGUAGCCAAAUAAUGGAUAUUUUGUCUCAAUAUACAGAAUUGCCAUAUGAAGCAUCAGUUGUUCUUGAAGAAACCGAUACCUUAUCAUUUCGUAUGGUAAAAGAAGGUGAAACACGAUUGAAAGGUGAACAAUUACUACUUAAUUUUGCUAAUUAUUUGGAUGGACAUUUUUCGUCUUUAGCAACUUUGGAGCGAUUUGCUUUCUCUCAUGGAAUGGCUGCAUCAGUAAAAGUUGCAAUAUGGGAAGCACAGUUGUUGGAAUAUGCUGAACCGCUCGCCAAAGCUUCAAAAGGACUUAGUAUUGGUAAAAUUCCUUUGAAGCGAAAAAAUGUACUAAUGCAAACUGGUACUCUGUUAUCACUUAGACAUUCAAUUAAUUUAAAUACGAACUUGAUCGAUUCCGAUUUUUAUUGGGAAAAACAAGACUUGGAACCAUAUUAUAGAAUGGCUUUAAAACAUUUCGCUGUUGCGGGUCGGCGAAGAAUGUUAAACGCGCAGUUAGAUUAUUGCAGUGAAAUAUUGAAAGUGGUGAACGGUAUGCAAACUCAUAAUUGUGAAGCAAGAUUAGAAUGGAUGAUUAUUUAUCUUAUUGUAAUCGAAGUAUUCUUCGCAAUAAUUGAUCAUUUUGGUUUUAAUUUGGGUCCUGCACAAAAAGUUCAUAUAGAUAAUUGUGAAGAAUUAGUAAGCGGUAUCAACGAAGCAUUACAAAAACAUCGAUAA